AUGGUGGUGCAAGGCCGGCGCUGGCUGGCAUGGGCUCUGCUAGUGCUGGUGCUGGUGCUGCCAGAGCUGCCCGGCACGCACGGCACUGAAUAUUCAGACUGUCUGGAGCUGUAUUCAGAUAACAAGUGCCUACACCCACGCGGCACGGGUACCCCGGGCAAAUCGAAGCAGUCGGUUUACUGCGUGGACCACGACGACGCGGAGACGUGCAUCGAUGCAACUGACUUUCUCGAGAGCUACACCAUUGACUGCAACACCAGUAUCAUUUCCGUCUGGGUGGGCACUUCUGGUAUCGGCUGCAAGCAGGAUGCGGGUCAUUCCAACAUCUCCAUGUCCGGAUGCACAUUCCUCUUCAAAGCAACAGGCGAAUCAAACGUCUACGGCAGGCUCAAAUGUAACACAGUGGCCCAGCGAGAUGAGUCAGUACCUUACCGUAUCUGGUCCUCGCGCAUGCUUUACUCCCGCUUGUGUCCGCAAUUGGUUUCGUCAAUACCAAACUCUCGCCUCCAACGUCUCACCUUUGCUUUACCCUGCCUUCUGGGUCCUGGGCCUCGGCGUGCCUAUAGCACCACUGCCUCCUUUGUGGUUGCCUUUGCCUUUAAUGGCCUUGUUGGCCUUUUGUGCAUCAUCAUUUUUGUCUUCGUGCGCCCACGCUUCCCGCAGCUCUACGAGCCUCGAACCCUUGAUGCUGAUACCGAGAUGCGCGCAGCUGACCAUGGCUGGGUUGGCUGGCUUCGGAGCAUCCUGUCCAUCGGCGACGAUGAAAUCUUUCGCAAGUGCGGCCUCGACUCGACCAUGUACCUAGUUAUGUUCCGCUAUGCCACCUUUCUGUUCUUCUGCAUGGCCUUUUAUGUCCUCAUUGUACUCAUGCCCAUCAACUCGCGCGGCAAGUUUUUAAGCGGCUUUCUGUUUGCACACAACCGGCGCACAUCUAACCGCUCCUGGAUGUGCGAUCAUUUUGUGUUGGCAGGUGAAAUUCAAGAGCACGGCAUCGACCGUGUAUCCCUGGCCAACGUCCCUGAAGGCUCUGACUACCUCUGGGCGCAUCUUGUUGCUGCUUAUCUUGUGGCUCUCCUAGCCAUGUAUCUUUUGGAUCAUGCCUACCGCAAGUUUGUGCGAUUUCGUCGCGAGUACUUGCAGAAUCGCCGCGCAGAUAGUUACGUGGUCAUGGUGCGCGACAUUCCUUCAUCUUGCCGAGACGAUCGAGGCCUAGCCCAUUACUAUCGUGAGGAGGCUCGUUGCAGUGAUAUUUACCCAGACGUCCUGGCAGCUACACGCGCGCGCAACAUUGACGCUUUGCAUCCUGUUUCGGAGCAGCGCCUCAAGACCGCUAUUAAACUCGAGCGCUACACCUUCCGCGAUCAGCGGGAUGGCGGGACGGCGCGCAUGUCGAUUGGUGGCACUUGCAGUGGCGAUCAGCGUCCAGCUGUGGAGUAUCUUGGUCGCACUCUUGAGCAGCAGAAUGCCGACUUUGCAAGCGCACGACGCUCCGCAAUCCACGUCAACAGUUAUCAUGCCACUGGAUUCGUGGCUUUCGCUUCCCAGCGCAGUGCCACCGUGGCCGCACAAGUGCUGCACUGUGCCGAGCCCUAUACUUGGUCAACACAGCGUGCACCGGAGCCACAGGACCUGGUGUGGGAGAACAUUGGUGUCACCUCCCAGGAACGAGCGCAUCGCACUGCCAUCGCCUCUCUGAUCACCGGAGCUCUGGUGGUUUUGUGGGUCAUUCCUGUCACCUUUGUGGCAUCCAUUACCACUCUGGAAACUCUGGAUCUCUGGGCCGAUGGGCUCGACGAUGUAGCCGAUGCCAGUCCGCUCGUGCAGGGCAUGGUGCAAGGCGUGAUUCCUACACUCUUGCUCGUCAUCUUCAUGGCCGUCCUUCCUGGCAUCAUGAAAUUCAUCUCGCGCAAGGAGGGCAUUGCAAGCAAGUCGGAAAUUGGCCGCUCGGCCAUGGCAAAGCUGUUUUGGUUUCAGAUCUUGAACGUUUUUCUGGUUUCCUUCAUUGCGGGCAGUAUUUUGGAUAUAGCCGACAACUUUUCGCGCGAUCCGCGAGGUGUUCUGAAGCUCUUGGGUGGAGCCAUUCCCCGCACCGGCACUUUCUUCACUACCUACGUGAUGCUCCGCUCGGUAACGGGUUACCCCACGAUGCUUCUACGAGUUUGGGAGGUGCUGUGGUCUCUCAUCGUCGGGCUCUUUUAUACUCAAACGCCACGCGAACUGGAGAAGGCGCGCCGCGAAGAAACAUGGAAUGUAGCUCCCGCAGCUGCCGGUGACAUUCUGGUUUUUUUGGUGGGCGUGGUGUAUGUGGUGGUGACCCCCAUUAUUGCUCCUUUUCUCGUGCUGUACUUUGGCCUCGGCUACUUGACCAUCCGUCACCUCCUUUACUACGUGUAUCGACCCACGCCGGAUUCUGGAGGGCUAUUGUGGCCCAUGCUGUUCAAUCGGUUGAUGGUGGCGCUGCUGAUUGCCGAGUUGGUCGUGGCGGGCGUCUUUUCUGUCAAAAACAAUCCUCCAGUGGCGGCGAUGAUGCUGCCCCUGGCAGCUUUUACGCUUUGGUUCUGGUUCCGCACUCACAAGGGCCUUGAGGCCGUGGGGGAUUAUCUGCCGAUGGAGGUUGCCGCGGAGGAGGCCCCCUUGGAUGAGGCAGACUUGCAAGACUAUGUGCAGCCCGAGUUGCUGGAGGUGGAUCAUUUGGAGCUGCACCACCUAUCACACACGUCAUACACGCUGAGUGACAUUCCAGAGGACUUGAAGAGCAAGCUCAUUUACCAGUGUGAUGAAACUGAUAAAGGCACCACCGGGGUUGCUGCGGCGUUUCGCCGAUCAUCGGUCAACGUGGAUCGCCCUCCCAGUGCAAGCAACACCGCGAUGACAGCAUUCGAGGAGGAGGCUGACGUUGAAGCCUGA